AUAAUCUAACUCAAUUAAAAAGUGUUCUGAAAGAAGCCCAUUUACCUAUUUCUGUCAUGUGAUAGGACAGAAAGAUGUCCCCCAUGAUCUAGGAAAGAGGCCCUUAGUAGACAGACACAGUAUUGAGAAGACUGAGUAGAUGCCAUAACAGGCUGCUCAGUCUUCUCUCAGAGAUCAGGCCUCAAUUUCAGUUUCCUGAGACUAAGCAAGCAGUUUCUGAGGAGGCCACAAACAAAGGACAAUCAAUGUCCAGCAGCCCCAACAGCAAGGACAAAGAGGCCUGAUACACAUAACACCAGGCCAGGCCAGAGCCACAGUCAGCAGCUCAAGGUGAUAACCAAAUAAGGACAAAGCCUGGGACUUGUCCAGGCUUGCGCUAAAAUGGAAAAGCUAUAGCCUUAACCAGCCUCUGACUAGCCCUAGCCAAUUAGAACGUACUAAUAUGAUUGCCAUUUGCUUAAGCCAAUCAUAUGUAAGAUGACCUAACUACUCUAGGACCUCCCCUUGGCUGUGCUUAAACAGGAGCCUGUGAGCUCUCAGGGUCAUCGCCAUUUUGCCUUGUGUGGGAUGGAUGGCCCCAGUAUGCUGGAAUCUUUCUUGAGAAAAUAAACAUUCUUGUUGAUUGCAUACAUGGAUGGUGGUCUUUUGUGGGACUUCUCCAGGACCCGAACAGUGUCUGCUAGAGUUUUGUAUCAGCUACUUUUUUCAUUGCUGAUGUAAAAUAGCUGACAGGAGCAGCUCCAGGAGGAGAGGCAUGCCUUUGGCUCACAGUUUCAGAGGACUCAGUCCAUCAUGGCAAGAAAGGUAUAGCAUAGCAGGGAGGCCCUGGGCUCAAGAUAUCAAAGCUACCCCUUCUCACAUUUGACAGACCAGGAAGCAAAGAAUGGGACUGGAAGUCUAAGUGGGUAACCCUUAAAGGCCACCUUCAGAGAAGAGGCCAUGACCAGGCAGAAGAAGCCACAGUCACCGCUGCCACCAGUGAGGCCCGCUCACCCGUUCGCCUGGCCCCCUGCCCCGUUCACCAUGCAGCCUGCUUCUGCAAAGCAGUACGAUCGAAGGGACUAUGUAUUCAUUGAAUUUUGUGUUGAAGACAGUAAAGAUGUUAAUGUAAGUUUUGAAAAAUCCAAACUUACUUUCAGUUGUCUUGGAGGAAGUGAUCAUUUUAAGCAUUUAAAUGAAAUUGAUCUUUUUCACUGUAUUGAUCCAAAUGAUUCCAAGCAUAAAAGAACAGACAGAUCAAUUUUAUGUUGUUUGCGGAAAGGAGAAUCUGGCCAGUCGUGGCCUAGGUUAGCAAAGGAGAGGGCAAAGCUUAAUUGGCUUAGUGUGGACUUCAACAAUUGGAAAGACUGGGGGGAUGAUUCAGAUGAAGACAUGUCCAAUUUUGACCGUUUCUCUGGGAUGAUGAUGAUGGAUCACAUGGGUGGUGAUGUAGAUUUACCAGAAGUAGAUGGAGUAGAUGAUGAUUCACAGUGUUGAUGAAAAAAUGCCAGAUCUGGAGUAAGGAAUGUUGUCAUCA